UCAGUUGGUGCUGGCUGGACCCUGAGGCCGGCAUUGGCAGCAUGACUUUCCUCGUCCUCCUGGUCCUUAUGGUGCAGGCCGGGAGCAGGGCUGAGAUGAGCACCGCGGAUCCAGAGCAGUUCUCGGGCUGAAAGAUCAGUUUGGUUUUUCAGUUUCUCAACUUGGAAUAAACUAGUCCAAAAGGGAAUUCGUUUUCAGAAAUGACCUUCUUCAUGGACGAGAUUGUUCUGUCCAAUCUGAUUUCAUGCUGGGCCAAACCCAGCUAGAUGAAAUUAGAUCAGUAGGAAGAACGGUACACUGGUUGCAGUGGCACCUGCCAGUGGUCUCAGCUGCUCUGGAGGCUGAAGCAGGAGGAUCACUUGAACUUAAGAUUUUGGGACCAGUCUGGGCAACACAGUGAAACCUUGUCUCUUAAAAAAAAGAAAAAAGAAAAAGAAACCGACAAGAACAAGAUCCUGGAUUUCAGUAUACGAUCAGAUGACUUAGAAUCCAAAAAAUCCAUGGAAUUACUGGCCCCUUUAUCCUUCUGCAUGCUUCUCAAUGUGUUCUUCCCAUGGAGAGGUUAGUAAGGAGAUUGUCAAUGAUGUCUUGAGAAUCUGUGACUCCAUUUCAGUGCCUAUACCAACCAAUAUUACAAUUACAGCCUAUAAUAUGAACCCUAUUCUGCAUUGGGAGUACCAAACCAUACCACAGACCCCUGUUUUUACUGUCCAGGUGAAGAACUACAGGAACAAAGGCUGGAUUGAUGCCUGCACCAAUAUUUCUGAUCAUAAUUGUGAAAUUGCUAAACAAGUUUAUGAUAUAUCUGAACCUUUCUGGGCUAGAGUUAAAGCUAGGGUUGGAAAAAAAGAAUCUGUCUAUGCAGAGUCAAAAGAACUUAAUUUGUGCCAACAAGGAAAGAUUGGGCCACCUAAAUUAGAUAUCAGAAAGAAGGAAGACCACAUCAUUAUUGACAUAUUUCAUCCUUUAAUUUUUAUAAGGGGAAGAAAGUGGGUGACUCUAUAUGAUGAGGAAAUUGAUUGUUACCCAUGGGAGUACAUUGUACAUGUGAAGAUUAAUGGAAGUGAGAUGGUAGAUACAAAACGUGUAGAGAGAGAAGAUGACUGUAACGAGACACUGUGCCAGUUGAGUAUUCCUGUGUCUUCCCUGAAUUCCGAGUACUGUUUUUCAGCAGGAGUCUCAAGUAUGUGGGGAUUUACAGUGGAAGAGUCCAAAGAAGUUUGUAUAACCAUUUUCAAUAACAGCAUAAAAGAUUUUGUUUGGAUUCCAGUUAUUGCUGUGUUCAUACUCUUUCUAGUAUUUAUCCCAGUGUGUGCAUGUUGUCAUAUUAAGAAGAAUCCAUUUAAGAAAAAAAGCAUAAUGUUACCCAAGUCCUUGCUCUCGGUGGUAAGAAGUGCCACUUCAGAGACAAAACCUGAAUCAAAGUAUGUGUCGCUCAUCACAUCAUACCAGCCAUUUGUCGUAGAAAAUGAGACAGUGGUCUGUGAAGAGCCGUUGUCUCCAGUAACAAUUCCAGGCAUGCAGACAGAAGGUGAUUCAGAAAAAGGAGAACACAGAAAAGAACCUUCUAGUGAAACACAAGUGGUGACUACUGAAGAAAAUAUUUCUGACCUGGCCCCAAGCAGCCCUAUGAUUCCAAUAGAGAGAGCAAAUUCUCUCCAUUCAAGUAGUAACCAGUCAGCACCCUGCAGCAUCACCUUGAAUUCCUAUCACUCCAGGAAUGGUUCCGAUAGUGGCCUGGUGGGAUCAGACGGCUUCAUAUCUGAAUCAGAAUUUCCCCCAAGUGAUACCGCUGAAAUAAAAACAGAAAGACAAGCAUCCACAAUGCUGAGAAAUGCCCCUACCUCUUUUGGUUAUGAUAAACCACAUGUGAUUGUGGAACUGAUUGCAGAUGAUGGCAGUAAAGAGUCUUUGAUUGGCUAUAGACUUACAACAGAUUCCUAAGAAUGUUCAUAAGAUCAAAGAUGCACCAAAUUUUGAAGGAUCUCAUUUUCCUGGAUGGUUUUCCUGCUUUCGUUUUGGGAAAAAAACAUGAGCUCAGGAAUUGUAUCUUUGUUGAUAUUAACCAAAUGCAGUAUCUUGGUUGAGGUAAAUAUGCAAAGAUCUAUUGGAACCCUCUCACUUGUUCUGAAAACCACAGAUUCUUCUUUUUUUAAAAAACAAAGGACAAAAAACCUGUCAUAGCACUUAUGAACCUUUUCUCUAGGUGGGUUAGCAGUAUCAGCGAAUGCUCUUCAUUUAGCCCUGUUUCCUGCCAUAGCAGGGAUACUCCAUUGUCAUCACUUCAAGGGAUGUAACAGCAUGAUUAGACACAAUAAUGCAGGCGUGUAAUUGCAGCGAUUUGGGAGUCUGAGGCAAGAGGAUUGCAAGUUCAAGGCCAGCCUCAGCAAUGUAAUGAGGUCCUAAGCAACUUAGCAAGACCCUAUUUCAGACUAAAAAUCAAAAAGGACUGGGAGCCAGGAGUGG